AUGCGAUCACAUAAACUUGAUGGGUAUGGGGUCUACUUUCAGCAAAUCGGCUCUGACUACGCCAGUACCUUUAGAGAUACCCUUAAACAAGUACGUGACAGACCCAUUAGGUUUGCUGCCAUUGCCACAACAAUAUGCGCUAUUUCUACAGUUUACAUCGCAUGCCCUCAUGAGUUCGAUUAUCGGGCGGCCCUCCUCAACGCCUCUGUCGAUCUUUGGGACACUCCUGCCAGCCUUCAAAGUCAGCGAAGCCUCAUUCACAUCGAGGAACGAGUCACUGCUCUCUUCCACGGCCACCUACGUUACUGCAGCCUUCUGGGAUUGGUUCACUUCGUCUGGCGCGAUGAUCGCACUGAUGGCUGCCGUCUCUACUCCGAGAUCUGUCCCUAUGCUAACGCUAGCUCCUGCUCUGUCAGUGAUAGUCAAAUCGGAUCAUUUCGCAGCUUUCUCCGCCUCUUCCUUUAUGAUGCCCCUCCGGGAAAGGAUGUUGACGAAGUUGGGUUUGCAGACCGAGCAAGGCUGAAUUUUACGGGGGCUCUGCAGUUAAUGCCACCUCUUCAACUGAGUGACGAACUUAAGCCAGGGGAGAUCCCUGAAAGGCACGAAGACGCUUCUGAGCAAGCUUCCCAUGCUAGUACAUCAUCGGUGCCAGCUCAAGAAGAGACGAUGGAGAGCACUGGCUCCCAUGAAACUAUUGAAACUGCCAAUGACCCUUGUAAACUUGAAGGGGGGGAGAAUGAGUGGGAGGUUGUGAACGAGACACUUGUAUACGCAGAUUGCGUUGGAGCCGUUGAAUCGGAGCUAAUGGAAUCUGGAAAAUCGGUGCUUCUCGUUGAUCUCGACGCUGAAAGUCCGCUGAUACAAAUCGGUCCAGCAAUUUUCCAAGGAACUUAUGCAGAUUGUCUGGGAACGAAUUUGAUCUUUGAAAAGCACCAUCCUGAUCCGGAAAAUACCCAGCCUUCGAUGAAAACUAUUGCCAGACCUUCAAUUGAGAUCUUCGCUUCACGCGCCAAAAAUUCUGUCCGCCCCUAUUUUACCUAUUUCGGGAAGACGUCAAAAAACCUCAACCUUCAACGUGUUUUCUUGAAGCCAAAGGAAUGA